AUGACUAUCGAAUGUUCGGUCGCAAAAAGUUAUAAAAACAAAAAUUUAUUGCUAGUAAAAAACAUAUACGAUCCAAAUACUUUUACUGUAAAUUGUCAAUGCGAUAAUGUUCCAAAUUUAAAAUUAAGAGACGUACCAUCUGCCCUACCUGCUCAACCAACACCUCCAGCGCCACCGACUGGACCAACUGGGCCAACUGGACCGACCGGACCAGUGGGACCAGUAGGGCCUUCUGGUCCUUCAAAUAAUGACGGUAAUGUCACAGCAGGAACUCCAGGUACUGCAGGAACACCUGGACAACCAGGUGAGAAAGAAAAUAAUAUAUGA